CAGCACCUUCAUUGACGCUUACACUACUACCGUCACAUCUUCAGUAGCAGCGAGUUGUGAUUCUUGGUCGUGUAAACUCUUUUUCUGUUGGAUUCUUGGAUCGCGUCCAACAUCUUCCAGAACCGUGUGAAUAUUCUUCCCGUGUCACAGCUGCCAGACAUCAGCGUCAUGAGUCUCAGUGUAGGAGCUUACUCUCAGGGGUACCCCCACCCGGGCCCCCUCGGACAUGAAUUCUACCAGUAUCCCCAGGUCCGCUACCCGGACCCCCACACUGACGCCGGGUACUUCCAGAACUGGAUGCUAGGAGCCCAAGAGAUGCCCGUGUCCCCCGAUGCCUACGCAAUGGGGCCAGGAUCACCCCCAAUAGACCCCGCCACCCAUGUUGUGUACUAUGAGAACGGCAUCAGGUGCGUCAAACGUCGCAUCACGGCCAACAAGAAGGAACGACGACGGACACAGAGCAUCAACAACGCGUUUGCGUCGUUACGGGGGUGUAUACCCAAUGUUCCGUCAGACACUAAACUCUCCAAGAUAAAGACUCUGCGAUUGGCAACAAGUUACAUUGCAUAUCUCAUGGACGUGUUAGCCAAAGACGAUCCCAAACUGACAGAAGCCGGAUUCAAGGCAGAACUCACUAAAAAGACAGAUAGACAGACAAAAACAGAAGAAGAAAAGAAAAGGAAAGAAAUUCAGGAAUCUAGUAAUUCGUGCGACAGCGAUGCCGGAAGUCCGUCUUCAGAGAAGAAAGGAAAAGGAAGGACGGGCUGGCCGCAACAUGUGUGGGCAUCAGAACUAAAAAACUGAUGACGUAGAGCACAUCAUUUUGACCAAUUUAUAGACCAGCACUAAUUUCAGUGUGUUGUUUACAAGGCACCGAUUUCUAUGGCGUUUAGCACAAGGCGGAGUUUUUACAAACAUGGGUUCAGAAGAGCCGGAAAUCCUGUCACACAGACCGGAUGUGAUGUCACCGAGAAUUGUGACGUCAGAUGAUGGAUUAACGAAGUCAAACCAAAGAUGUUCUGAUGGGAGGUGCGCUGUUGUUCAGCGAGUGUUUGACGCCUGAGAAUAUAUCACAUAGAAGCAGCUACAGACGACGACAGCAGCUACGUGGGCUACGUCUGUCUACGGGGGUCUGUAGCAAUGCUGUGUGACAAAUAGUUCUCGGACCGAUCUCAGCGCGGUUCGGGGGAAAUGAAGGGAGGGUUAUCGCUAUCACUAACCCCGGAGACGUUCGUCUGGGGUGGGACGAACAGAAGACUCUGAUGAAUGUCCAGAACGCUCCCGGGGAUGGGGGAAGGGUCAGGCUGCUACUGAUCAAGGACGGUUCCAAGGCGUAUACCUUUAACGAAGUGAAGUUUUGACAUUGGAGUCAUAUCGUGCUAUAAACACUUCGUUAAUGACUAUAAACAUUUUUUCAAGACAUUCACUAAUUUAUUCACUUUUGAUGUGUGUGCACAUUCGACUAUCCAGACUAUGUCACGUGAUCUCAUUGUGUUUCGACUUUGCACAAUACUGACACUGACCAUACAGUAUUACGUGAACUCCCCGUUCACACAAAAUACAGAGUACCCUCGUUUAUAUGGACUCCUGCAAUAUUCAGUAAUAGCAACAGAUUCCGAACGGAAGACAAUUUUUUGUUCGCUGCGAACUUGAGGUGUCUGCAUAAACGAGUGUACCCUGUUUGCGGACAUCGUGCAUCUGAACUAUCAGUAUUAUGGGGAGGUGUUGAGACCGGCGUCCAUGACGUCAUCUGUCAUGUAGGUUGUUUUCUAGGGGGUAGUCCGUGUUCAUUCAGUUGUUCAUGUGGUCAUGUGUGUCUAAGACCGUGUGUAUGUAUAUUAGAGCGUGAGAGUGCUGUCCCAGAUAUAGGCCACAUUGUCUGUACAGAAAAUAUUUCAUGUCGUGCAAAUAUUGAAAAUUAUAUAGAAAUUAAAUGAAUAUGAUUGUAUCAAAUGAUUUUUGUUUUUCAUUGUCUCCAAAGAUUUGAGCACAACAUGUAUUUAUCGAUUAUGGUCUUGGCUACAGUUACCAGGGACAUGUCGCCUCCAGCUUGUCUCUUGCUUAAAUCCUUCUCAUUUACAUUUUAUUGAGUUAUUUUUUCCAACACAAAGAGAUGAUGUUCGAAAACAAAGAAAUUUCAACAUGAGUAUUUUAAUUCAUGGAAGUGAAGGAAAAUGAACACUUGAAUUAUUUCUUAAAUAAAAAAAUCGUCAUUUU